AUGGGUUGUGAUGGAGGAUCGAUUCCGACACGGUGCGAGCUGGUGAAGACCAAGAAGAAGCAGGAGCGGGCCGAUCCGAACGAGAUCACACGAGUAAAAUGGACUCUGUGCGCCCUCUCCAAGGAGCCGCUCACGCCCCCUAUCGUCGCCUGCCCCCAGGGCCAGCUGUUCAAUAAGGAGGCCGUGAUUACGCACCUCCUGCACAAGACUCUUCCCUCUGCCUUCUCCUACAUUAAGGGCAUGAAGGAUCUGCUCGAGCUGAACUGGGCUGAGAAUCCCGAGUGGGGCAAGGUCGAGGGCGCCGCGCGCUUUGCCUGCCCAGUGACCGCCAUCCAGGCCAACGGCCGCCACGGCGGCUUCGCUGCCCUGCGCGGAUGCGGGUGCGUCCUGUCUGAGCGCGCGCUGCGUGAGGUGCCCUCCGCCGAGUGCCUGCAGUGCCGCAAGCCCUUCUCGAGCGAGACCGACGUGCUGCCGCUCAACCCGCCGCCCGAGCUCGCCGAGCAGCUGCUGCGCGAGUGGAAGGCACAGCAGCAGAGCCUGCGCAAGGCCAAGUCCCACACGAAGAAGAGCAGCAAGCGACGCGAGAAGGCCGCGGCCGAUGACGGAGCAGCCGAGAUGAAGGAGGAGCAGGGCAACGAUGGUGAUGACACACGCAAGAGGAAGCAGCCCGAACAAGGUCACAAGACCAAGGCCUCGGCAGACAAGAAGAGCAACAAGAAGAGCGAUGAGAAGGCCACGGCGGCAGCGGCAAAGAGGCCACGCGUGGCCGCCACGACUGCGGCGGCGGCGGCCAAGACCGCAGCAGCGACCGCCGCCGCCACGCAGAUGAGCAAGACGGUCUACGAGUCGAUCUUCCUGCCCAACGGACAGCGGCAGAAGCAGCCCACCUUCACCCACUACGGCUAA